AUGCCUUAUAGAGAAACAAACUUCAGUACACGUCCAUCCGUUCAAGCUGCUAGCAUUGUAGCAAUGGAAUCGAAUGCCCUACGUUUCAGAGGUUUAUGUGCUGCCGUGCAGCCAAGCGUACCUCCCUUUUGGAAGAGCAAUAUUCAGAAUUCCCGACUCGGAGGGGGUUCCCAGAAAAGCGAGUUUGCAAAAGUCAAAACUUCAGGCCCCUCUCUCCCUACAUACGACCAUCCUUUUCAUUUUCCGCCCGCCAAAUCCGAAGUCCCACCUCCCGUCAAUCGUAUGCCCGUCGAAAUUCUGGGAGAGAUUUUUGCGCAAUUCUUGCAAUUGGGCGACUUUGAGACAGAGUUUGAUGCUUUUAGCCUCUCUGUCUCGCCGGAAUGGGUUGCGAGUCCUAUGGUUCUGGGCCAGGUUUGCGGAUAUUGGAGAUCCAUCGCUCUCUCGAUGCCAUCUCUCUGGUGUUCCAUUUCGGUGUCCAGUCCCGCCCGAGGUGUCGUCCCAAUAAUGCAGAUAUGGCUUGAACGGGCUAGGCAGCAUCCAUUAAAGCUCUUCGUUGAACAAUCAGUCAGGCCCGGUACGGCUGAAGAAGCUGUCACUAACGAAAUCUUUGCCUUGCUAUUGCAACAUUACCAUCAUUGGGAGCACAUCACAUUCAGAGUGCACGGAAGGAUCACAGAAUCACUUGCCAACAUCCGAGACGCCCCUUGUCCUUUGCUCACAUCUGCGUUACUCGAUAUGUGGUGGGACGACGAUGUGCCAGUAGUCGAUAGAAUUUGGAGCGUCCUCCACUCUUCUCCCAAGCUCUCUCAUGUUGAUUGGAACGACGUCUACGCCCACACUAUACAAUUGCCAACACACAUACCGUGGCAUCAGUUAGAAGACGUGGCGCUUUCACAUUAUUUUGAUAUAAACGAAUUUUGCACUUUCCUGCAACAAUGUUCGCGACUAGAAAAACUUCAAGUCAGCUGGAUCGACCGUCCUGGCUUCUCUCCAGAACCAUGCACGCCGAUCCUCCUCACACAUCUACGUCAUCUAUCAAUAUGUGCAAGGACAAGUUUAGACCCGGUAUUCAAUCGCCUUGUGACGCCUGCCUUGACAUCGAUGAUCCUCAAGUAUAAGAAUCCUACGAAAGAAUCUCGGGGAUUAUCUGAGUUUGGCAAUCUCCUGCGCCGCUCUUCCUGUACCCUCAAGUUGUUCAAAGUCUAUCUGGAAAGCGUGGAUUUUCUCAACUUUCUCCUACAUUCCUCCCAACAAUUGAACUACGUAGAGGAUUUGUAUGCCAGGACGACCAUCCCUUAUGAAGUCAUUGCCGCUCUGACGUUGGAUUCAAACAACAAAUUCCAGUUGCUCCCGCGCUUGAAAAAAUUGAAACUGGCAGGUUGUUUAUCACCUGAAGGUAUCACCAAGAUGAUUUCAUCUCGUCUUCCACCCCACAUAAAAAAAUCGAAGAUGGAGGCGCUGACAUCUGUCUCUGUCGAAAUUGAUGCGGAUGCUUUACCAAUGUACAGGACUAUCUAA